AUGAGAGUAAAUCUGGCGAUCCAAAUCCCUGCCGAGGCGGUCACCGAUUCUAUCAUCCUAUGUGUUCUUUGCAUGGCAACCAACAAAGUGGAGGCACCCAUGUGGAAGCAUGUCCAGGAGUCUGUUUUUCAGGCUCCGCUCCGAUCCCUGCAGUGGCUUGAUAUCUAUGGCCGCUUGUCCCCACACCUAAUUCAUCAAGCUGGUCUAGUGCAAUUGAUAAACCUUCGAGGUGGCUUGGAGAGGAUAGAGCUUCCAGGACUGGCCGCCAUUAUUGCCUACUCCAGUGUCCUUGGCGCCAGUAGAUCCCUGUCUCGUCCAAGUUUCCCGUAUAUUUCGGUCCAGACUGGAGGCCAUCUGAUACUGCAAGACAUUAUAAACCCCCAUACAGAGCGCUUCAGUUCCCCUCAUAUCCCACCCGAGAUGCAAGAUAUCUUCCGCGCUCAGCUAACCUAUGUCACCGAGAUUGAAAUGUAUGAGGACGGCAUACCGAUAUCAAGGGACGUGCUUUGCGACCAUCGAAACCUGAUUCAAUGGCACAUCAUGUCCUUGAUUCCAUCAGGUCAGCUUGGAUCAUCUCACUCCGGGCUGUAUCCUCUCUACGAAGCAUCUCGACUUGCAUUGAUAAUUUUUGGCGUCGGUGUCAGUUUCCCACUUCCACCGCAAAGCGCGCCAUUGGUCACACUGGCUCGGAUGCUGAAGCUGGAGCUUCAGUCAUAUCAUCGUUCAGUCCAAGAGAUUCCAAUCUCGGCUGUCAGUUUAUAUACCUGGAUCUUGAUGCUUGGGUGCAUUGCUGCGACUGGAUCUGCGGAGCGGAAGUGGUAUAUCAAUAGCAUGGGGGCCCAUGUCGUAUUUUAUGGGCCAAUCACUUGGUAUGAAUUCAAGAUAGAGCUCAAGUCAAUCUUGUGGCUUGAGAGGGCAUGUGACCAACCUGGAGAGUUGGUUUGGAAUGAAGUGAUGUGCCUCUAG